UUGAUCCUGAAAGCUCCGAAUUCUAUGAUCUCUCUAAUGCUAUGUCUCAACAAGACAGCUGAGAAGCAGGUCAUUCUGGUUCUCAGGUGCUCUAUUACACUCAGAGAAAUGCAGCCCCACCUAAUUUCGUUUCUACUGUGCAUUCCUGACCACCACAACACUGACACGUUUACAUUACCUGCGUUGCACAGUUUUCAGCAGACUAGUCUUAUUGCACUCCAAGUAGGGGGAGAGUUUUUUCAACAACUUCCUAAAUAUUACUGCUGAGCUGAAAAGGUUCAUCAUAUCAAGAAAUAAGUAUCAUACCUGUGGAGGGAAAAUGAUGAUCCCAGAAAAAAUUAUGUUCAUUUUGCUGUUGGCUAACUUGCAGUCAACCAGAAAUGCUGGUGUCAAUGCGCUAAGUAUCACAGCAACCACAAGCAGCUUAAAUAACACAACCAUGAGUUCUACUAUAUUUAUAAAUAAAUCAUCCAAUAAAUCUGUAACUUCUGGAAGAACUCCUUCUGUAACUCUUACAUCACCAACAGACACUGAUGACAAAAAUAUGGUGAUGGAAAGCAGUACCCAAAGCAGCAGUGUGACACUCCUUAAUACUUGGCUAUCUUCAACGGCACAUCAGCUGAAUCUUACAACAAAAGAUUCAAAUCAGACUUCUGCAAGAAUCAAUGGAACAUCAUCUCCUUCAGAGAUGCCUACAGUCAGCAGUGGCCUGUUCACAAUCUCUGAAAACUAUUCAGUCACAACUUACAUCAAUUCAACAGAGAAAGCAUUGAACAACUCCACCACAGCCAACUAUAAUGUCAGUUCUACCACCAUAGUCUCUUCUGAUGGAACUCAAAUUAAUGGCAUAACAGUUCAUCCUACCAGUAGCAUGCCAAAUACAUCAACCAUGUCACCAGGUACUAAGAUCAACAGUGUUACAACAGAUUUACGGAUAAGUUUGCAAACCACAAGUCCGUACUCCAGUUUUACUGAUGGGUCUGCAGAAGCAAGAGAACCCCAAAAAGAAAACCGUAGUAAUGGAGCUGUAGUGUUUGGUGCAAUAGUAGGAGCAAUUCUAGGGUGUGCAUUAAUCUCUCUGGUGGGGUAUUUCAUGUGUGGGAAGAGAAAAACUGACUCAUUUGCACAUCAGCGACUUUAUGAUGAUAUGAGGAAUGAUCCAGUUCUACGACUAGACAAUGUGCCUGAUCCUUACGGUGCAAGCUUUGGAAAUCUGUCAUACUACAGCCCUACAACAGUCAACGAGACAAGAGCCCAGAGCAGCAAAGAAUCUCCCUAUGAUGCAAUUCAAAUGAAUGACAUGUCCGCAUCACAACCUUCAGCACAGUAGUGUGAAUAACUUGUGUCAAAACAAAACACCUCACAUCCAUGGUUUCUUCUUCUUGAGUUUAAAGAUCGGGUCAUAAUGGUUUGAAAUAUUUUUUUUGUGGCACCAGCCCUCUGCCUGUUGAUAUGUACAGUUUUCAAUAAUCUAAGCGAGGCAAUGCUUGUUGGCCACGUUUACAAAUUUAUAUGCCCAGAAUUUCACUUUUGUGUGCAUUGUGUUUUGGAUGCUUCACAUAUCAAUGCCCUUUACUGAGUCGUCAAUUCCAGUGCUAACACACAGGUCCAAACUGAUUCUAUGGCAAAGAAUUGUGCUUUAUACAAAGCGAUAAGAACAUUCUACCUACAUUUUUGGAUCUGUAGUAUGUCAGUGACACAAAUAUGGUACCAAUGCUAUCCUCUCAUCAGUCAAUGACCUUGGAUGUGUGAACCAUCUCAGUCUUUCUUCAUCUGUUUCAUCUGUAUUAUUUAACUUAAGUCUUAACUAUCUAACUCAAUUUGUUACUACCAGAUACGAUAGGCAUGAGCUCUGAAAAAGCUUAGACGACUUUGAAAGAUCACAAAGGAUAGCUCUUUAUGUAGUAGUUCACUGUGAUAGCAGAAUGCAUUUCCUAGGCUCAAAGUCAGUAUGUUUAGACUGCCAGAUGCUGGACAUAAACAAGAGAGGAUGCCUGGCUUGUCAAUUUCCAUGACCAUCUGCUUGGCUGCUGCUAGAAUGUUGGACUGGAUGGACUUUAGACUAUUUUAGCAAAUCAAUUAUGGCAUGCAUGUUGUUUUCACUCUAGGGGAAAUGCCAUGAAUGGGGGAAAAGUGGGUGAGCCAAUUAUGUUCCACAAAUGCAAAAAGCACUUAAAUCAAGGAACUGGCACAGAGGUGGGAGAGGUGGGGGUAGGUUUUUGUUUUGUUUUUUUGCCCAGGGGCCACAUUACCUUUUGGGCAACAUUCUGGGGUCUACAUGGCAAGGGUGGGUGGAGAAGCAGAGCUGGUGCUCCCCAUCUUGCCAAAAAGCAACUUUCUGGCCUCAGUUCAGAUUAGCACAUAUAUUAUAGGAAUGCAUUCAGUUGCACAUGGAAAGAAAUGCAUCGUGCAAUAUGAAUGUGCAUUAGAAUGCACAAUUUGGCAUGAAUUCAGCUGGAGGUUGGAAUGCACAUUCUUACCAACUACAGUGCAUUAGUUUCAUUGGGAUGCUCACAUCCCCGUCCUCAUUUUGCCACAUCUUGUCAACGAAGUAUGACUGGCCUGGCCAAUGAACAAUCAGCCCAUCUGUUUGGGCAAAGAGGCUGACUUUUCUCUUACUGCAACACCAAUCCGAAUGCCACAGUCUCAACAAAAAUGGCAUUUGAAUGCUACCCAGAGCUCCUUGAUGGAAGAAAAGGAUAUAAAUGUGAAAAAUAAUAUUUCCAUUGGCUUCUGAAUUUGCCACCGUUAUUAUUAAAUGGCACAAGAUGUCUUCAGCUUUGGGGUUGACCACCCUCACCAAGCACACUGAGAUAUUAUUCUAUGCUUUUUAAAAGUUAGGUGUCAUGCAGCACUGACUCACACUGGACAUAUGAACUGAAACAGAAGGGGAGAAUUUGUAGCCUGUUACUCUCUCAACUUCUAGUAAUAAGAGAUUAGAGACAGACCUUGAUAAUGCAAACAGAGCUUUCAAGACAGAAUGCUGAACAAAUUGUCCUGUGUAAAGCCUGCUUUCCAGUUCAAUCUUGAUGAGCAUAAAUAAAUAGCAGGUGCCUUUCCCCCAGAGAACUCUUCAUGCUUCCCAAAAAUUGAGACUUAGAAGUCUGCCGUGUUGACAGCAAAGGCAGCAUUGAUCCCACAGUUCUUCCUUCCUACAUAUGGACUGAAAUUUCAUGUUAUGUGCAGACUAUGGGAAUCGGAUGUCUCUGAUGGUUCCCCAACCGAGUACCCUAAGGAUAUACUUAUAUGAAUUUUAGAAAUAGCAUGCCCUGCACACUGUAUGUAAAUAUGCAAAGGGGACUUUAAAUAAAUCAACAGUAGCAGCAACCAUUCUACCAUGAGUCGGAGACUAAAUGUAGAAAGUGUAAGUACUGUAUUUGUCUUUGGGUUUGUCUUUGUAUCCCACCUGGUUUUGGACUUCUGUAGAUUUAUGUUGGUCUACUGAGUUGAUCUAUAUCCAGCUUUGCGUAUAGAAUCAUUAUUGUGGCUUAUUUUUUAUGACAUUUUGAUGCUUUUGGAGAGUCACCCUUUCCCCUUCACCAACCCAGCAGCUGGGAUUGUGAUAAAUGCAUAUAAAUACAUAUUUGUAAACUAUGUCAAUAAAGCUAUUUUUUAACCUUUAA